CAACUUUUGGUGUUCACGAGUGAAAUUACCGUGAUAUUACAUCGAUACCAACAAUUUUUCUGUUUAUUUUAUGUCUAAAACUCUACUUUUGUUGUGUUUAUUUCAAUAAGAUGUCGAAAUCUGCGGGAAAUUUUAUCAGGAAGCAUCGCAAAGAUGACGUCAUUUUAACGACGUCAUCGUCAUAUUGUUUCCGGCUUUCAGUACGCUCGGUAAACUUUUUGACGUUAAUCCGGGUAUCAGAUUUGAUAAUUUUCACUGAGUGGCCAGUGAGUUUAUCAGGAUAUAAUUCACCGUUAUAUUUCGAUAAACCACCGAAAAACAUAAAAUAAAUGAAGUUAUUCUUCUCUUUUCUGAUGUCAAAAAAUGAAAUGAGAAAACCAGAAUACAUUCCCCCAUAUCAGCUUAAUUCAUUACUGUGUGAAUUUAUCUUGGGUGUUACCAAGAAAGAUGGCAGGGAAUAUGAGCCUACAACUUUGCGGGGCUUUAUAAGCUCUGUUGACAGAUAUCUAAAAGCAAGUGACAGCAAUGUUGCCAUAUUCAAGGACAGAGAAUUUUCCAAAACACGAGCUGUCCUUUCAAGAAAACAGCAACAGCUGAAAGGCCAGGGACUUGGCAAUAAGCCGAGAGCUGCAGAAACCAUGACAGAGUCUAUCAUUGACCAGAUGCAUGAAGCCAGGACACUAGGUGACUACACUCCAAGGUCUUUGUUACACUCCAUGUGGUUUGUAUGCACAAACCAUUUUGGAAUGCGGACAGGCAAAGAAUGCCGUGAUCUCUGCUGGGGAGAUAUUCAUCUUAGAAUGGACGAAACUUCUGGUGAGGAGUAUCUUAUAUAUGACCAAGAGAGACAAACCAAAACCAGAUCUGGUUCAAAUCCUCGGGACAUUAGAGGUACAAAACCCAAAGCCUAUGCCACUGCUGACGCCCAGAGAGAUCCUGUACAUCUGUACAAGCUGUACAGCCAGAAACGACCGGACGAAAUGUGCAAACCUGACAGCCCAUUCUUCCUUACACCAAAUGAUAAACCACAGAGAUGCUGGUUCAAAAAAACCCCACUUGGAAUAAAUAAACUUUACAACAUUAUGAGAGACAUGAAGGCUGAAGCAGGAAUUGAAAAUCCCAGAAUAACGCCUUACAGCUCCAGAAAACAUCUGGUUCAAACUCUAAACGAUGCUGGGGUCCCUGCCAACCAAAUCAUGCAAAUUUCUGGUCACAAGAAUGUGAAUUCUAUAAAACAACUACAGUAA